AUGGCGGCCGACGACACGGCGUCCCCGCAGCCCAGCAACAGCAGCAACCCCAUCGUGCACUGCCAAUGCGGCGCCAUCUCCUUCCCCGUCUCGCGCCCGGAGCCGCUCGCCCUAUACUUCUGCCACUGCACCGAGUGCCGCAAGCAGUCGUCGUCGGCCUUUGGCGCGUCAGCCAUCUACCCUGCCGCGGGGAUGUGGCCGCCGCCGCCCGCGCAGGCGGCCAAGCUGGGCGUCUGGAAGCGCACUUCGGACAAGGGCACGACGCUCGAGUGCUACUUUUGCAAGAACUGCGGCGUCCGCAUCUUGCACCUCCCGCUGCGCCCGGAUGGCUCACCAAAGCCCAACGUCACUGUCAAGGCGGGCUGCGUCAAGGGCCUGCGGCUGGAGGGCGCGAAGCACAUUUGGGCCAAGUCGGCCGUCGUGGACGUGCCUGACGACGCGGCGUGGGAGUCGCCUGACGAGGAUGUGGACGUCAAGACGGAGUAG